AUGAAAUAGAAUGACUAUUAGGUCACUAGUGGAGCUAAGAUUACAUGUGCGAAAUUUGGAGGACCUAAUUAUCAGCUAUUAGCAUCUGGUGAUGAUCAAAGAAACAUUAAUCUUUGGAAAUUGAGUAAAUGUUUGCCUAAGAUGGUGAUUAAUGGGCAUACCUCAGGAGUUAGUGAGUUGGUAUUUAGUGCUAGCGCUGAAUAGAUCUAUGCAGGAACCUAUGGAGGUACUGUUCAUAUUUGGGACUUAGCUACAAAAAAAGAAGUAGGUAAACUUUAGGGGCACGCUACAAAAUGCACAACUCUUAAUAGUGAUCAAAUGAAUGGAAGCAGUUUAUUAGUCACUGGCUCUGAAGAUACAAAGGUAAAAGUGUGGGAUAUAAGAACUAAUAAAUGCACUCAAACAUUUAGAGAGCAUACGGGAGUAAUUAAUAGUUGCUAAUUAUCUCCUGAUUCUAAGUGGGUUGCAUCUGGAGGAGAAGAUGGUAGUCUUAAAAUAUGGGACAUUGCAUCAGGAAAAGUUUUGUCUCAAUUUACAUUCCCAGGGUAGGCAGUUACUUGCAUUCAGUAUAAUCCAUAAAAUUUAGCUUUGGCUAAUGGAUCAACAGAUAAAACAGUUAAGUACUGGGAUCUAGAGCAAUUCGCCAAUAUAAAUGUGACUCCAAUUGAUACAUCAGCAAUCACGAAUCUAACAUUUGAUGAAGAGAGAAAUUCUGAAUAUCUCUUUGCAGCUUCAAGUGAAAAUAUUAAGCUCUGGAACAUUGAAACAAACAAGUUAUUAGACUGUCUAAGUAUUAUUCCGAAAAGCAUCUCUGAUCUUAAAAUAGCGAAUGAAGAGAAAUUUCUGCUAAUGUCUGCAAUUUCUAACAAUACAAUAUCAGUUUGGUAUACACCACUUGAAAAUAUCAAUUUUGACGAGUCAAUUGAUAUUAUUCCUUCUAGUGAUUCAAUUAAAACAUCUUAAGAUCAAUAUAUGAUGCCAUCAUCAAUGUAAUAAUAAUAACCAAAAUCUAACUUUGUUAAAUCUCAAUAAACCUCAGAGGAAAUUGAAAGAUAGAGAUAAAAGCAAUUAAAAGAAAAUCCAUUUGGCUAAGUUCAGCAGCAGUAAUAGUAAAUAAACUAUUAAUAAUAGCAGCAGCAGGAUAUUUAGCAAUAAUAAUAGCUCUAAAACGAUUAAUUGUAGAGGAAAACCUCUAAUAGUUUUGCGUAACAAUUGUAAUAAAGCAAUAGUUAAGGAGAUGCUGAAAUGGCUGAUCUAUCAAGAGCUACAUAUAUCAGAGCCCCAUAAGAUAAGCCUUUAGGUUUAGAAUUGAAAAAUUUUGAUCAAGAUACUUAAGCUGCUCCAUAAAAGAGAGAUUUAGAGAUAAUAAAUGAAAUUAUGGGUCAACAUAGUACAUUAGUAGGUGUUAUUCAGAGAAGAAUUAGCAGUAUCAAUGUAAUAUAAAAUUGGUGGGGAAAAGGAAACAUUACCUCGGCUAUUAAUGCAUUAAAUAUGAUGAAUGAUACAAGCAUAGUUAUGGAUGUCUUGAAUAAUACUUUUGCUGAAAACUAGAAAGUAGAUGUACUCAACUACGAAAAUAUUGCUUAGAUUAUCCCUCAUGCUAUUAACUUAGUAAACAGUAAAUAUGAAACUCACAUUCUAGCUGGUCUAAAAACAACUCUGAACAUUUUGAAGCAAUGGGGACCUAAUAUGAUUUAGAUUAAGACUGUUCCAGUAAGUGGUGGAGUUGACCUCGCUAGAGAGGAGAGAGUAAAGAAAGUAGAUGUAUGCAUUGAACAUUUUAUGAAGUACUUUUAAAGUAAGGGUUUCCAAAAAGCACUAAAAAGAGAGGGCGAAGUUGAAGAGGUUGCAUAGGUUCUGCAUAAUCAUUUAUAAAAUUUGCUCAAUAAAACUAGGAGAGAAUUGGAGACAGAUUGA